AUGUCUGGCAGAAAACAACAGAAGGUGAUUGUUCCACCCAUCAAUCAGAUCUUUAAAUAUCUCCAGCAGCAGUCAAAUGUCACCGUCUGGCUCUAUGAACAGGUUGGUUAUAGACUUACAGGAGUCAUUAAAGGGUUCGAUGAGUUUAUGAAUGUUGUUAUAGAUGAUGCAGUGGAGAUCAGCACGUCUAAUCCUUCAAAGACUAGGAAAUUGGGCAGAAUACUUCUUAAAGGAGACAAUAUAACGCUAAUAUCUUGUGCUCAAUAA